UGGAUCUCUGCUGAACCUAGUGGGCAGGAGAGAUUAAUACGACAAUAAUAAGUGUACAAAAGACUCCUUGUUAUACCCUGUUCUGUUCUGGUUUAAUUAGGCUGACAUGUGUGUGGGCGUGACUCGGAAUUACUACGCUGGUCGAGUACUUGAACGCACCGCGGUAGCCGCUAGCUUUGUGAGUUGAUAUCACUCGAACUGCUUAGCCCUGGGUGUUAAUGUGCCCACACGGACGUCGUGGUGGAUGAUAUGUAUAGCUGUGUGCGUCUAUAAACAAACCACACACACACUCACCUUACAACCCAUACACGCCACACACCCACACUACACUUACAAGUCCCAUGCGCACCCCCCUACCUGUGAUGCGACGUAUUACAAAUAAAUAAAGCAGCCAUCAAGCUGGAUGUGGACGUCCCUCAUUGCUACUGCACUCACCUGAACAGAAUUGCUGUCCUGACCCGACACCCUGGAGUGAUUGCUGACCAUUGCUGCACCCAAUUAAACCCCCCUUACUACAAUUUUGGUCCUUCGAGCCGGAUAGAAGCAACCACUUCAGUCAUUAUGUUCAGGCCACAGGAGAGAGAGCCUAGAGGUGUGGACCGCCCACAAAGAGUAAGACAACCGCCAUCACAUCUUCAGGACUACGAGGUCAGUUACCCUAUGAGGUGCCACGUUCCUGGAGAUGAUGAGCGGGCCACACAAAUGUCUUCUCCAGAAAUUAUUAGAUCGAUCCAGAGCAUGAGAGAAGAAAAUGACCAGCUGCGGAGAGAUGUCCAACGUCUUUCAGACAUGAUCCACAGUCUCCCAGCAACCUCCUCAAGGACUCAGACACAGUCCAGAUGCCAAAUGGAGGAAAUAUUCACCACACUGGCACUCGCCAGCAAGCCGACGCCAUCUAGUGGCCAUCAAGGCCCACGUCAGCCACUCGUUAAUCCACCGGUGAACAACGAUGCUCUUUCACCUCCACAAGGCAACCAAAGUGACAUUGUUGAGGACCUCAGACAGUGUUUGGAGGAAGCAGGAUUAGCCAACAAGCACACCGAGUCACCAGUCACGUCUGGCAUUUCAACUCCUUGCUCGCAAGACAAAUUUGAGAUGAGCUACACAAAGGAGUGCCAAGAGCCGCGUCACCACGACGACCAAGACAGCUCACCACCCAGUAAAGCUCACCAUCAGUCUAACUAUGGCCAACAACCUUGGCCUAAAGUUGCACCUAGGCAGUCUUAUGUCAAGCAUCACUCAAGCUAUGAAGAGGGCGACAACCACUAUCAUCGUCCUUAUUAUCCUCCACGCCAUCCAAGUUAUCCUUACUACAGCGAUGAAGGCCGUCAUCCUGCAACAUCCCGUCUACAAAGUAGUCCAAGAGCCCGUCACGAAAGCCGCUACUACGGGCACGAAAGUGGAUACCCUCUGGAAUAUAGAGGCCACCUCGAUGAUUAUAACAGCGCUGUUUAUGGACAUGACAAUCGGCAAAGGGAGGAGAGAUACCCACCUGACCCGCCAUAUCCUUCCACCACUCCAUAUGGCCGAAUGCCAGCUUUGGACUCCUACCGUGGACCGAAACCAACCAUCCCAGACUUUAAGUCAGAGGAUCCUCGUGAAUUUGCAAGACUGAAAUUGGCCCUGGACAAUUUACUCCCAUAUGAUGCUCCAGAGCGCUUCAAGUUCCAAAUCCUCAUGGAUCAUCUCAAGUGUGAGGAAGCGUUACUCAUUGCUGACUCCUACAGCAACAGUCCACGUCCGUUUGCGGACACUAUGAGGGCGCUCACUGAGAUGUAUGGUCAACCACAGCAGCUGGCGCUAAAGCGGAUUUCCAUGUUGAUGGAUGGGCCCAAUGUCAGGACUGGAGAUAUUAAGGCCUUUAAGUCAUUCGCGCUCCAGGUUCGUGCACUUGUCGGAAUGCUGCAUCAACUUGGAAGCCAAGGUUGGAUGGAGUUGAGAUGUGGUUCACAUGUGUCUCGCCUCUUAGCUAAGUUGCCCCACGACCUAAGAGCUAAUUUCCACAGAUAUGUGAACCCCAUUCAUAAUCCUAUUCCAACUCUAAUCAAUCUGGCAGACUGGCUUGAAUAUGAGGUACGAGUUCAAGUCAGUGGAGAUCAACACAGCAGUACCUCAGCCAGAGAGAGACAAGUCUCAUACAAGACUCGACCUCCCGACUACAAGUCACAGAGAACUACUGCUAUUCUUCAUGGCAGCGAAUCUACCGACCUGCAGGAGAACUCAGAUAGAGCGCCAGCUGUUCCAGUGAGGGAUGCAACGCCUGAUAAGCCAAAGAAAUACUGCCCCUUCUGUGACACUGUGCAGCACUAUCUGAACCAGUGCAGCAACUUUAAACUGCUGUCCGUAGAGCAAAGGAUGCAUUGGAUUAAAGCAAAUAAUCAAUGCUGGAGGUGCGGCCGGGAACACCUUGCAGCAAAGUGCAACCUGAAAGCUAAGUGCAAACGAUGCGAGAGGAAGCACCUGGAGGUUCUACAUGAGGUCAAUUCAAGUCAACAUGCCUCAGCACCCAGUAAACCCAAAGUACCUGAAUCAAGCACUUGUUUAGUGAGUUCCGUGUCAGAAGAAGAACUCUUCAGGCACGUGGAGAAACUAUGGCAACUAGACACCUUACCACACAGAAAUGAGCGUCUGAUUACUAGAUCAAAACAAGAUGCAGAAGCAGUCCGCACCCUUGAAUUGAAGACCACCAGAGUAAUGGUAGAUGGCGUAAACAGGUAUGCUACUCCGUUACUAUGGAAACAAAGCCUACCUCUGCUUCAGGCAACAAAGGAAGCAGUGCUGUCCCAGCUACGUGGGGCAGAAAGACGACUUGUGAGAGAUCCCAAGAGAGCCGCCAUCUACUCUAAAGAAAUCCACAAGCUCAUCGAUGCCGGCUACGUCAAGGCCAUCUCUCCUUGUAAGACCAAAGAGAGCAACUAUUCGUGGUUCAUCUCCCACCACAUGGUGCAACACAAUGGGAAAUACCGAAUAGUCUUCAACUGCUCCUUCACAUUCAAUGGACAGAGCCUAAACGACCACCUGCUCCCCGGACCCACACUUGGAGCUAGCCUCCUGGGGGUCCUGCUCAGGUUCCGGGAACACCCAGUGGCCAUCAGCAGUGAUGUCAAGGGAAUGUUUCACCAAGUCCGCCUGCUUGAAGAGGACAAACCAUUCCUUCGUUUCUUGUGGCGGGACGUUAAAGUGGAUCAAGAACCUACCACCUAUGAAUGGCAAGUACUCCCGUUCGGGACGACGUGUAGUCCAUGCUGUGCUACCUUUGCCCUUCAGACUCACGUUCACAGGCACACUGAACCAAAGGAGAAUGCCCGCCUGUCAGCAGAACGCUGCUUCUACGUUGACAACUGCCUGCAGAGCCUUCAGUCAGAAGAUCAAGCCAAGCAGCUGGUAAGCCGACUACACACAUUACUGAUGGAGGGCGGAUUUGAACUCCGAGAAUGGGCCAGCAACGUACCUGCUGUCAUUAGACACCUGCCCAAGGAAUCCCAGUCAGCAAGUAGCACCCUAUGGUUCGCGCAACAGACAGCUGACCCUCAGGAACGCACACUUGGACUCUUAUGGCAGUGUAGGACAGACACACUUGGCUACAAACAACACCAGAGUGAGUGUCCCGAACCGACUGCGCAACAUUUAUCGUCUUCUUGCUCAACAAUAUGAUCCUCUGGGAUAUAUCGUUCCCUACAUCACAAGAGCCAAGAUUAUUGUGCAGCGCCUUUGGGACCGGAAAAGAGGAUGGGACGAUCCCAAUCUCCCCGAAGAUCUGCUGCAGGCUUGGAGGGCAUGGGAAUAUGAACUUCCUCAGUUGGCACAAGUCAUAUUACCUAGAUGCUACACUGACCGCUUCACUGAUUGCAGUAUCAGCAACCGGACCAUCCAUGUCUUCUGCGAUGCAUCCGAACGUGCAUAUGGAUCAGUGGCGUACCUGCUGACCGACUGCAGUGAAGGACAAGUUCAAGUGGCAUUCCUCGCAGCUAGAUCCAGAGUCGCGCCAAAGAAACAACUCUCCAUACCCCGACUUGAGCUGUGUGGAGCCUUAACCGGUGCACAGUUGGCUUCUGUGUUGAUCAAAGAGCUCACAAUCAAGAUCCAAGCAGUAGUAUACUGGACCGAUUCCACCACAGUCCUCCACUGGCUCCAGUCAGACUCCUGCAGAUAUAAGGUAUUUGUGGGCACGAGAGUUGCAGAGAUACAGGAUCUGACUGACAUCAAUGCCUGGCGCUACGUUGACUCAGCCACAAACCCAGCAGACGACAUUACAAGGGGAAAAACACUAACACAGCUCAGCGGAGUGAGCCGAUGGAGUCAUGGACCCCUCUUUCUUCUACAACCGUCUGACCAGUGGCCUGAAUCACCACCCAGUCCAGUCCUGGAAGAAGCAGAGGAACUGAGGAAUGCCAUGUUUUGUGGCUUGACGGUCAGCUCAACCAAUUCGGAAAUACCUGACAUCAUUCAGUUUAGCUUCUGGAGGCAACCACGCAGAAGCUGCACGGGGCGGCUGACAACACACGUCCCACUGCUGCUGAUUACCAUGAAGCAGAGCUGGCCCUCCUCAGGUACACCCAAAUAAAGAGUUUCCCAGAAGAAGUAUCCCUGCUCAAAAUGGGUAAACCCCUCUCAUCUAACAGUAGACUGUUAACCCUAGCUCCCGAAUAUGACCAGUCAUCAGGUCUGAUACGUGUCGGGGGAAGGCUUAGAUGAUGUGAUAGUCUGAGCCAAGAAGAACUGCAUCCCAUUCUCCUGCCAUCUUCCCACCCAGUGGUCAAGCUUCUAAUUCAGCAUUAUGACAACCAGCUGCACCACCCUGGAUCAGAGCGUGUUUUUGCUGAACUUCGCAGGAAAUACUGGAUACUGAGAGGCAGAGAAGCGGUCAAGAAGCACCAGCAUUACUGCGUGGACUGUAGGAAGUGGAGAAGCCGCCCACAGGUACCAAGGAUGGCCGAUAUACCCCCCUCCAGUUUGAGACUAUGUCGACCUGCCUUCUAUUCCACUGGUGUUGACUGUUUCGGACCGAUGAUUAUUAAAGUGGGACGACGCACAGAGAAGAGGCGCUUCGUUGCUCGCAGAGGCAAGCCCUAUGAACUACUCUCAGACCAGGGCACCAAUUUCAAAGGAGGAAAUAAAGAAUUGCAUGAGGCCUUCAGUGCCCUAGAACCUGCAAUCAAGGACCGACUUGCAGCCGAACAGAUCCGUUUCAAAUUCAACCCACCUAAUGCUCCACACUUUGGCGGCUCCUGGGAACGAGAAGUGAGAUCUGUCAAGAACGCCCUACGUACCACCUUGGGAGCUCAGACAGUGCCAGAGGAAGUUUUGAUGACCGUCCUAAUUGAAAUAGAAGGAAUCCUCAAUUCAAGGCCCUUGGGUUAUGUAUCCUCUGACCUUGCUGACCCUGACCCAGUCACACCCAACUGCCUGUUGAUGGGGCGGCCGGACUCAUCACUCCCUCAAGUGAUCUACCCUGCAACAGAACUACUGAGUCGGAAAAGGUGGCGUCAUUCUCAGAUUCUAGCCGAUCACUUCUGGAAACAUUACAUUCAGCACUUCCUUCCCACCUUGCAAGCCCGACAGAAGUGGAAGACGGAGAGUGAUGACAUCACAGUCGGCACAGUCGUCCUCAUUGUGGAUCAGCAAGCCCCAAGAGCCCUCUGGCAAAUAGGGACAGUGAAGACUGUCAUUCCUGGAGCAGACGGCCGAGUGAGAACAGCUGUAAUUCGAGUAAAAGACCGGACGUACACGCG